GUUGACUUUGGCGGGAACCGAUCGACGUGAUUUACAACUGAUCGGUUUGGAGUUGUUAUUUGUUUACAAAUCGUGUCUCUGCCAUGGAUCCUACAUUAUCCGUUUCAAAAGGUGUUUUUGUGUUCAACGGAGCCUCUGAACGUUCCAAGCAAAAAGGCCGCCGAAAAUCAUCGAAAAAAGUGGUGGAUGUAUCCUCUUUGCUUGGAAAGGAAAUUACGGACCAACCAUACUACCAAACGUAUAAAAAGACAUGGCAAUCACUAAAGGCAGAUAUUGAGAGAAUUCACGAGGAGCAUUGUACAAAAACAAUGACUGAAAUAAUGGAAUUCAUCAAGAGUUCUUACGAGAACAACAUGGACAAUAUUCUUCCGACGGCUGCACUUCUUACAGGUAUCAAUCAACCCGAUCACCAUCAACAAUUCAAAACACUGUCGGAUCAUAUUCAAGAUGAGCAUUUUGGCGCCUGUACAAUCCUCGAGGGCCGAGAUUGUCCCAAUCUAAAAGCAACAAUUGAAGCAAUGGUCAGUGGAUUUAUUGACGGGGCUGACAACGAUGAAGAUGACGAUGAGGAUGAUCAUAAUAAGAAAAGUUUGCGUCGGGGCCAAUAUACAAUGCACGUUCUUGAGUCGUGGUAUAAAACAGAAUAUCCAGAUGGAAAGAAAACCUUGGUGGUCAUCCUUCCUGGCUUCGAGUGCUUUAAUAUUCAAAAUCUGCAGGAUUUCAUACUUAUCAUGCACUCCUAUUGUAACCGUAUACCUUUGGUCUUGGUCCUGGGCGUUGCGACUGCCAUUUCAGCACUUCAUAGCAGUUUACCAUAUCACGUGACAAGUCGAAUGCAGCUGAAAAUAUUUCAGUUGGAAUCUGCUCUCACUGGAUUGAAUAAUAUUAUCGAGGAAGUUCUUCUGUCUCCAUAUUAUAAAUUUCACCUUUCCGGGAAGUCGUUCACUUUUCUGACGGACACAUUCCUGUUUUACGAUUUUUCAAUACACGGAUUUGUCCAAGGAGUCAAGUACUGUCUCAUGGAACACUUUCACCAAGGCAAUGCAUUCUCCCUUUGCGACGAUUACUUCGAUUCAUUGGAAAAAAUCAGCAAAUUAUCACAUGAGGAUUUCGAAAUGAUUCGUCAGUUACCAUCAUUCCGACCAUAUGUCGAAAGUUUCAAAGAUGAACCCAAAGAAAUCAUUGCACUUUUAACCGAUGACGAACAUUUGAAGAAAACUCUCCCUGGUCUCCUGAAAGAAUGUCAUAUUUUCUUGCUGCUUUUCCGUUGCUUCCUUGAAUUUUUCACAGUCUUAGUGCACGAUCUUCCCAAGGCACCUGUAGGCCGAUUACGGAGGGAAGUUUAUUCUAGAUGCGUAUCCUCGAAAAUUACAGAGUUGGCCGAGUUCAAAGAAUGCUGGCAAAUGAUUGGUUUUCUAUCGAAAACUGAAUUUGUCACAAAAUUACAAGCAGCUCAGGACCAAACUUUGAAAUUUUGUAAAGAAAAUUUAAGCGAUGAUUCGAUCAGUGUAGAAUGUAAAGAAGUUGUUAACUCGAAGUUUGAAAAAAUGGAUGAGUUAUUAGAAAGGGUCAUCAAUGCGGGUAUGGAAGCAACGUCAAAAUCCUCUCAAGAACAAACUGAUCUCUCAAAGUUAAGUCGUCGUGAAUUAAAGGAGAAACUUCUUAUUAUGUCGAAGACCGAGAAACCUAUCUCGGAAUUCAUCAAGUCACUGAACGAAACGUUGAACUACAUAAAAUCUGAAAUUAUUUUGAAGCACCUGUUGCCAUUCAAAAAGGAAGGUCCACCUCUUCUAGAGCUGUUCGUAUUUUCCGAUAUCAAUUCAAUACGAAGUCACAUUGUUGGAGCACCAAGAGCUGCCUUGCAUACAGCUCUGAAUGACCCACAUCAUUAUCUUCAAUGCAGCUGCUGCGAAAUAAGUGCUACAGAUGAUUUAUUGAGUACAAUGCCGGACAUAUGCAUUGCAUACAAACUGCACCUAGAGUCGGGACGUUUAAUAAAUUUAUAUGAUUGGUUGCAAGCGUUCCGUUAUGUUGUUGAGCCAAACCAUGAUGAUGAAUCGGAAGAUGUUGACCCACAAAUUCAGGCCCGAUUUACACGAGCUGUUGCCGAAUUACAAUUUUUAGGUUACAUCAAGAGCACAAAGAGGAAAACAGACCAUGUUACACGGUUAACUUGGUAACGAGAAUAUGUUUUAUUCUAAUUUCAUCUUUUGUAAAAAACAUUCUGCUUAAUUUAUUUUUUUAUAUAAACUUUCAUGAAUA